CUACUGAGUAUGUAGACUACUAGCAUGAUAUCUACACAGCCAUACGCCAUCUCUAUUCGGGCCCCUUCUUCCCUCCCCCAGACCUGGCCCUAUGCCGCCGCCAAAAAUAAGAUCUGGCAACCAUGAGGACGUGUCUGUGGACACUGGACUUUGGACUCUGCACUCUGCACUCUGCACUCUGGACUCUGGAUCAUGCACCGUCCGUGGACGGUCUGCCGGAACUCCACUGUCAAACGCCUGCCACCACCUGCCGUAAAUGGCGUGCGCAAGGCUGCGGACGAUUUACUCUAUACAUGAUGGAUUAUGGGGUGCGGGCUACUCUGGAAGACUACCGCAUUAACUACUCUAGAGCCAACGGUCUCCUGAAUAUCACCAUCGCCAUCGCAUAUCGCCACCUCCUCCUCCGCUUCCACCUCCGCCUCCACCUCCACCGCUCAAGCCUUCCGUGAGGCUGAUCAGCGUGCACCUGCAUUACUAACUUGCCCGCCGCCAUACAUACGGCCCCCAUCUCUGCCAGCUCCUCCUACAUACCCACCUCCUCCGCUUCCACCUCCACCACUCGCCCACUGGUGCUUGCUCACCCGCGCAU